AUGUUAACGAAUGUGAGUGAUGGAAUCAAGUUAAUAAAGGAGAGGAUGGCAUCUAAGCCGAUCUUGCUUGUUCUGGAUGAUGUGGAUGAUCGGGAGCAGUUAGAAGCAUUAGCCGGUUCCCCUGAUUGGUUUUGCCCCGGAAGUUUUAUUAUUUUCACUGGUAAAGACAAACAGUUGCUAAGGUCUCAUGAAGUGGAUAACAUUCAUGACAUGUCAUUUUUAUCGAUUCAUAAAGCCAGGGAGCUUUUUCAUUUGUAUGCUUUUCGCCAUAAGCAUCCUACAAUGGAUUUCAUGGUGCUCUCUGACCACGUUGUGAAGUGUUUGCAAGGGCACCCUUUGGCUCUUAUAGUUAUGGGUAGUCAUUUGUAUGGCAAGUCUAUGGAUGUGUGGCAAAGUGAAGUGGGUAUACUCCAAAAAUAUCCUGAUGCAGAGAUACAACAAAAGCUUAGACCAAGUUUYGAUGCGCUAGACUUCGAUAAGAAAAACAUAUUUCUUGAUAUCGCCUGCUCGUUCAUUGGGGAAGAUAAAGAUUUUGCRGCGAGUGUACUAGGAAGCAGUGCACAUGCUAAUAUCCAGGUUCUAGUAGACAAGUCACUUAUUACAAUCUCUCGAGAUAAUAAUUUACUUCAAAUGCAUGACUUGAUUCAAAGCAUGGCAAGGAGAAUUAUACAUGAGGAAUUUGUGGUAAAGGAAGUGUGGAGCAGACUAUGGAAUUUAUCAGAGUUACGUAACGUAUUGAGCAAAAAUAAGGCAAUAGAAGGACUGGAAGUUCUUGACCUUUCUCUAAAGCAAUCUAGUCCAAACUUUCACAUAGACGGUGAAGCUUUUGAAGAUAUGAAAAAUCUGCGAAUCCUAAAAAUUUCUUAUGGGGAACUCGAAAACUUUUGGGAGGACUCUAAGGUGAAUUACUCUGGAAGGUUAAAAGCUUUAUCGAAUGAGCUAACGUUGCUUUAUUGGAAUGGAUGCCCUUUCGAGUUCCCUUUGGAUUUUUAUCCAGAAAACAUUGUGGUUAUUGACUUGUCUUACAGCUACUUAAAAACUCUAUGGACGACACCUAAGUGUUUUGCAAGGUUGAAAGUAAUGAAGCUAAGGCAUUGCCGUAACCUAACAAAUACCCCCGAUUUCACAAGUAUUACAAAUCUCGAGGAGUUAAUUCUUGAAGGUUGUAUUAACUUGGUUAAAGUCCACCCAUCUUUUGGAAUGCUCAAGAAGCUUGUUGUUCUAAAUAUGAGAUAUUGCAAACGUUUUAGGAGAUUCCCCUGCAAAGUCGAAAUGGAUUCUCUUGAAGUAGUGAAUCUCUCGGGUUGCUCAAAAUUGGACAAACUUCCUGAAAUUUUUAGCACAAUCCAGACGUUGAGGGAGUUCUCUAUUCAUGGAACCGCCAUAACUGAGCUUCCUUGUUUUGUAUUCUCUCAAUGCAACCUUCAAGUAUUGGGAUUUGGUGGACAUGAGAAGAGGAUCCGGUCUAGAUGGUGGGGUUCAAUUUCUCAACUUUCAUGGUUACCAAGUAAGAUACAACAUCCCCAAAGUCAAAGUCUACUAAUGCCUUCAUUGGCAGAUUUAUGUUUCUUACGGGAAUUGAAUUUUAGCCACUGCAAUAUAUCGGAAGUGUCUGAUAGCAUUGGAUGCUUAUCAUUUCUAGAAUAUCUGAAUUUGCAAGGGAACAUAUUUACUAGCUUUCCAGCUGGAUGUUUGAGUCAACUUCCUCGUCUUCACCAUCUUCAACUUUCUGGUUGCAAGGAGCUGGAAGUGCUGCCAGAACUUCCACCUAGCCUAAAAACUCUUUAUGCAUCUUAUUGCACCUCCUUGCAUCAACAUCCACCUAACAACAAUUAUUAUAUCCACUCGUUUUCCAUGUAUUUUAACGGUUGUCCAAUAUUGUUUAGGAAUCUUAGUAUUGAAAGCCAGGUUUGUAUGUCGCAACCUUUACCUGAUCAUAACCCAUCUAUAACCACCCAAAUUUCUUCUUUGCUUCAAUUUAUGGAGCUCCCGAGUAACACAUGUGGAAUCUUCGGUGGACAAGAAAGACAAUUCUUCCAAGGUGACCUUUUGGAAAUAAUAUAUCAUGGAAAUAGAAUUCCACAAUGGUUUACAAAUACAAAGAUGGGAAAUCACAUACAUGUCGAACUGCCUCCAAAUUUCUGCUACAACAAGUUCAGGGGAUAUGGAAUUUGUGUUAUUUUCACGCAGAAAAGGUCUUAUGGUCGCCACAAUUACAACAAUGCACCAAGGUAUCGUGUGGACCACUUUGAUGGGACUUCUUUGCUUGAAUUUUAUCCAUUUGGCUAUAGUUACACUGGAAUUCGUAAGUCAGAUAUGAUAUGGUUUUGUUUUACGACUUGGGUUGAUCCUAAUUGGCAGGAAGCAAAGAAUUUUGUUACUUUUUCUAUUGUACAUGAUGAUGAUCUUGAGGUAAAAGAAUGUGGUUGCAGACUUGUUUUUGAUGAAGAUAUAGAAGAAACGACGAAUUUCAGUCUCACUCAGGACCUCCCGACUCCAACAGAAGAAGGAGGUGCCAUCCAAAUGUGGAGGAAUAAUCGACGUUUCUUUUGGUCGUUGUAG